AUGAUGAGAGAUACUGCUUUGCUGUUUGGAGAUCGGCUACACCGUGAUGUGCAACUGAUGGUGGAACUGGGUUUUGCCAUGGCAGAUGAACGUUUGCCCGCCGAGCCAGGGUUAGCAAGCCCCCAGAAGCGCAUUGACAGAUGCAUCCAGGCUUUGAAAGAUGCCGCGGGGGAAGAGGUCUUGGCCAAUGCUGCGGGCAUCGUGGCCAUGUUCACAGCCAUGACCAUGGUGGUGGAUGCGACCGGGCAGACAUCUAAAGAAAUGCCGACCAUUCAGAAGUACGCCAGCAAGUUCCUGCGCUGGAAGAGGAACCUGGCGGCGUUCUGUCCUUGUCUGGGCGGAUAA